GCGGGGGGCUCUCGGGCAUGGUACAGCUUUGGGGAGCCACGGAAAGAGGCACCGUCCCCUGCCCCAGGCUCCUUCGGGGUCGGGUACCGGUGCUGAGCGCAUGCCCCGUGCCGGAGCCAUCGAAGACGAGCCAGCGGGAGGAGAGGAAGAGGAGAUGCCGACCUUCAGCUACCGACCGAGCGGCAGGGCACGGACCAGCUGCAGCCGGUGCCAGAAGAACCUCUCCCUCCAGACGGCUGUCAAAGUCCUCUACGUCUUCUCCAUCCUCCUCAUCGUGGCCGUGACUGUGCUGGCUGCCUUGGUGUUCAAGAAAGUCGACUCCAUCUCCAACGACAUCAGCUCAGCCCAGACUUAUUACGAGAAGAAGAUCAUAUCCAUCCAGGAGGACCUCCAGGGGUUGGACGAGAAGACCUCGGGGAACUGCUCCCUCUGCCACGAGACAGGACAGCUGAGCCAGGAGAUCACCAAGCUGCAGGGAGAGCUGGAGGAGAUCCAGAAGAUGCUGUUGGUUCAAGAAAUCCUGCUCGACCGGACCUCCCAGACCCACAACCAGCUGUCAUCCACCAGCAACAAGAUCACCAGUGAGGUGGACAACUGCUCCUUCUCCAUCCGGCAGGUCAACGAAAGCUUGGGGCAGUUCCUGGCCCAGGUUGGGGGCUGGCAGGUGGUCACCUCCCAGCUGGACAACUCUCUCAAGGGCUUGGCCCAGGAGCGCUACGAUGUCCGAGCAGCCAUGCAGCAGAUGAACUUCACCCUGGGACAAACCUCCGACUGGAUCCAGGUCAUCCAGAGGAAGACGGACGAGGAGACGCUGACGCUGCAGAAGAUCGUCACCGAGUGGCAGAACUACACCCGCCUCUUCGGCGGGCUGCGGGCCACCUCCUCCAAGACCAGCGAGCUGGUGAAGAGCAUCCAAGGCAGCAUUGGCGCAGCAGCUCGGCAGGUCGGCCAGAAUUCGGAGAGCAUGCACGACCUGGUGCUGCAGGUGAUGGGGCUGCAGCUGCAGCUGGACAACAUCUCCUCCUUCCUGGACGACCACGAGGAGAACAUGAAUGACUUGCGCUACCACAACAGGUACACGCAGAACCGCACCGCCGAGCGCUUCGAGACCCUGGAAGGUCGCAUGACGUCCCACGAGAUUGAGAUCAGCACCAUCUUCGCCAACAUCAACGCCACCGACAGCCACGUCCACAGCAUGCUGCGCUACCUGGAUGAUGUGCGGCUCUCCUGUACCUUGGGCUUCCACACCCAUGCUGAGGAGCUCUACUACCUGAACAAAUCCCUCAGCCUGGUCCAGGGCACCACGGACCUGUUGCGGGAGCGUUACAGCCUGCUCAGCGCCCGCCUGGACUUUGACAUCCGCAACUUGUCCAUGGUCAUGGAGGAGAUGAAGGUGGUGGACGUCCGGCAUGGGGAGAUGCUGAAAAACAUCACCAUCUUACGAGGUGUGCCGGGCCUCCCGGGCCCCCGCGGCCUCAAGGGCGACGUGGGCGUCAAGGGCCCCCCGGGAAGCGAAGGAGAGAAGGGCGACGUGGGCAGCCUGGGUUCGCCGGGACCCCAGGGACCCCCCGGCCCCCCGGGACCCCCCGGCCCCCAGGGUGAAAGGGGUCCCCUGGGCUUGAAAGGCUUCCCCGGCCUCAAGGGCACCAAGGGCAGCUUUGGGCAAUCCGGCUCCCGGGGACAGGGGGGACCCAAGGGAGACCCCGGCCCCCCCGGGCCGGCUGGGGUGCCGGGGCCAGUGGGACCCCCCGGACCGCAGGGCAAACCGGGACUCCCCGGGACCCCCGGGGCUGUCGGCCAGGCUGGCCCGACGGGGCCUAAGGGUGACCCCGGUUUGCGAGGACCCCCGGGGCUGCCGGGCCCCCCCGGCCCCCCAGGACAGUAACCCAGCCUGCUGCCACCCAGGGCACCAGGAUGGGGGGUCCCCACCGCCACCCCCCCCCUGGACCCCCAGAGCAUCCCCACAGGGGUUUGAGGCAGAGCCUCGCAAGAUGGGGGGGGGGGGGCGCAAAGGGGUCCCGGUCCCCCCCGGUGCGGGGGUCCGGGGCUGGUCCCCGGCUCUCAGGGAUGCUGCCGGCUCCGGGCUCUGGGGUGGGGGGGGUCCCCGUGGGACGGGGUACAGCUGGUUUGUGCCCUUUCCCCCUGUCCGUCUGUCCCCCCCCAACCCCGUGCUGUGUGUCCCCAGUGUAUUCCCGGCACAAUAAAGCUGUAUGGGGA